AUGUACCUCACAAUUAAAACCUCUUCAGAAGAUCGAGCUCUGGUGGCGGAGUUGCGCGAGACUGUAGGAAAAGCAGUAGGUGAAAUUGUACGUAAGAAGGAACCACGACCACAAGCAACCAUUCAACUGCACGAAGGGUCAACAGCAGAAGAUGUCUUACUUUGGCUUCAAGAAAAAGGCUUCAGUCUGAGAGUAAUUGAGCUACUUGACGGACAAGACGGAGCGAAUUUGUUUGCUCUGAACAAAGCAACCCUAAUGCAGGCGUGCGGUAAGGAAGAAGGCAGUCGUCUCUACAGUCAGCUACUUGUUCAGAAAAACCAAAGCAACGUGAGCCUAGUUAUUCUUUAUCAGAUCUGCACCGUAGAUGAACAUAACUAA